AUGGCUUUUGAAAAGCUAUUACUCUUUCACGGUAAGAAGAAAAAAUCCCGGAAGACGGCAGACGGAAGACGGAAGAUAACUUUUCUCACGGAAGACGGAAGACGGAACAAAAAAACCACGGAAGACGGAAGACGGCAGACGGAAUUCCGUUCAACACUGAUCUCCAGCAUCAAUUUCACUACAUUUUCGAAAACAAAAGGGAUUUCGCUGUAAAAAAAAAAUGCCGCUUUCUGCUAAACCGGGCGACAUUACGACGCUCCAAAGCGGCCAGUGAGUGCUAUCUUUUCAUUUUUACGCUGUUUUGUGCGGAAAAUCAAUCAAUUGUUAAUAUUUUCCAGACGACAUGGACGAUAAAGAGCAGCGAGGAGCUGAAAUCGAGUCACUGGAAUCGAUAUUUCCAGAUUUAAUCAACGGGAAAACAGAAAAACAGAUAGAUUUCAAGUUCGAUCGGAAUAUCAGUAUGACUGUCACACUUCCUGAUGACUACCCUUCUUCGUAAGUGUUUAAACACCUUUCUAACUAUCAAAAUUUUAAAAAUUAAAGAGCACCUCCGCUUUUCGAGCUCAGCGGGCCUUAUUUGAGUCGGGAGCAGAAGGAGUUGCUCCACAACAGUUUCAACGACGUUUACAUUGAAAGCAUUGGCUUUCCAGUGAUUUUCAACUGGAUAAUAUUAAUUCAAGACUUUAUACGAGUAAGUUUACAUGUUUUUGAGCAGUUAUCACAAUAGGAAUGAAGCUUUAGGAUCUUCCAGCUGAGCAAGAAGUAAAUGAAGCUGAAGAUCAAGAAGAAGCUGGAGAAGCUGCUCCAAUUGUAGACGAUAUGAAUAUAAAACACGGAGAGGUGUUCACAGAUCGAAAAAGUGCAUUUCAAGCGCAUUUAGCAGUAGUUUCGAGUAAAGAAGACGUAAGAAACUGGUAUAAAAUAUGGAUCGAUUAUUUUUUAACAGGUCGAUCGAGUAUUAAGAAUACUACUAUCAAAUUCGAAAAUUAGCCGUGCAACACAUAAUAUCUUAGCCUAUCGGUACACGACAAUAAAGGACGGACGACAAAUUCAUCAUCACGAUUGCCAAGACGACGGAGAAUUCGGAGCCAGCUCAAAAAUGCUCGAGUUGAUGGAUCGAAUGAAGGCGGACAAUGUAAUGGUAAGCUUUUUUUUUAUUUCUCCAAUUACUUUAUGCUAUUUUGCAGGUCGUUGUGACACGCUGGUACGGAGGAAUUCAUCUGGGACCCGACCGGUUUCGACACAUCAAUAAUCUAACUCGCCAGAUACUAAGUGAUAAUAACUACGGGCAUAGAAAAUCGUGA